UCUUCGAUCUUCGCAGUUCGCCCCGCGCUUGAAUUUUUCCCUGUUUUUUUUAUUUUCCUUUUGAAGGAGAGUCGCAUGGAUGGUUUUAAAGGGCAAAGGUAAGAUCAGCAGUCAGCAUAUAAGAGGUCACCUCUGCUGGUGUAACAAGUGAGACAUUCACACUCCAUAGACACACACAGAGAGGAAGGACAGCCAGAGAAGACGCUCACAAAACACAAUCGCAAGGGACGAGGAAGCUUGCUCGCAAGGCACCAGGGAGGAAGAAGACAACCACGCACUAUUACUAUUUCUACUGCUUGUGCUUUCCCAGUGUGUGCCCGUGAGCGCGCGGCGAGAAGCAGACAAGCAGCUGCGGGAGCAAAACGGGGCAUGGCUUCUCGCGGUAGCUUCUACUUUGUUCCCUUGCUCCUCCUGCUGAUACUGUUGCUCGCGUCUCCUCCUACUGCUGCAUUGGACUCAUCCAAGACUGGGAGCAGCGAUGCUGGCAAUGCCACUGCUGCUGCUGCUGCAAGGCUGAGGCCGGGGAAGGAGCUGCUCAAGUACAAGAGGAUCAGGGCUCUGCUCAGGAAGCUCAACAAGCCGUCUCUCAAGACCAUCAAGAGCCCGGAUGAUGACAUCAUAGAUUGUGUACCCUCUCACCUCCAGCCUGCAUUUGACCACCCAAAGCUCAAAGGACAAAAGAUUCUGGAUCCACCGGAGAGGCCCAAGAAUUACAACUUCACCAUUACCGGCAGCGGCAACGGCAGAGGAGGCGAGGUGGUGGUGCAGGCGUGGCAUGCCACCGGCGAGGCGUGCCCGGAAGGCACCGUGCCGAUUCGGCGAACGAUGGAGAAGGAUCUGCUCAGGGCAAGCUCCCUGAGGAGGUACGGCAGGAAGCCGGCGCGCCGGGGUGUUCGCCGUGAUUCCACAAGCAGUGGACAUGAGCAUGCAGCUGGGUAUGUGAACUCUGAGCUGUACUAUGGGGCCAAGGCCAGUGUUAAUGUGUGGUCACCAAGGAUAGGUGACCCAUCUGAGUUCAGCCUGUCACAGAUCUGGGUCAUAUCCGGCUCUUUUGGCAAUGAUCUUAACACCAUCGAAGCUGGGUGGCAGGUAAGUCCGGAGCUAUAUGGGGACACUAACCCAAGAUUCUUCACCUACUGGACAACUGAUGCGUAUCAAGAAACCGGGUGCUACAACCACAACUGCCGCGGAUUCGUGCAGACGACGAACAAGAUUGCAAUUGGGGCAGCUAUUACCCCGGAAUCGGUGUACAACGGCAGGCAGUUUGACAUUACUCUGAUGCUAUGGAAGGAUCCGAAGCACGGGCACUGGUGGCUGGAGCUGGGCUCGGGCCUGGUCGUCGGGUACUGGCCGUCCUACCUCUUCACCCACCUAGCGCGCCACGCCAGCAUGGUGCAGUUCGGCGGCGAGGUCGUCAACACCCGGCCGUCUGGGUCGCACACGGCGACGCAGAUGGGCAGCGGCCACUUCCCAAGCGAGGGCUUCGACCGCGCCGCCUACUUCCGGAAUCUGCAGGUGGUGGACUGGGACAACAACCUUAUCCCGGCGGCCAGCUUGAAGCUCCUCGCCGACCAUCCCGGCUGCUACGACAUCCAGGGAGGGUCGAACAGCUACUGGGGGAGCUACUUCUACUACGGAGGUCCAGGGAGGAACGUGAAAUGUCCCUGAGAUACAAAUUAGGAUCUUGCUUUCGUUUUGCUGUUUUUUCUAUCUUGUUUGUUUGUUUCAUGUUCUUUUCUGUUGGGUCUUUUUCUGAUAGCAAGUAUUUGUUUAACCCUUUCUAGGAUACUUUAGGUCUUAGAUCUUUAACUCAAGAAUGCAUCAAAACAUUAAGACUCGAGAGGGAUUUGUAAAUUUAAGAGCACCUGCCGAUGUAUGCAUUCAAUUUACAGAAUACAUACUUCGUUCGUUGAUUCAUAUCA